CGGUCGCAGUCAACCAAUUUUAGACAGUCUUUCAGCAACAUUCGCGAAGUCAAGAUCAAGUUAAAUUGUGCGCUCUUCAGUUAGAGAUUUAAGCCAAAUUUUCAAUUUAAUUCCCGCUUUAUACGUCAUCGACGAGUUCGGAAAUCAAAUUUCUUAAUGUGGAGAUUCCGGCUGAGAGUUGCUAAUCUUCAUUUCAAUUAAUUUAAUUAAUUUUUUUUGUUUUAUGAAAACCGCGUAAAUUAUAGCGGUGGCAUUAAGAACUGCGAAUAAUUCGAUAUCAUUUUUGUAAGCGGGUUUCAUAUCAACCGCUCCGAUAAGUGUGUGCGACUGAUAACGGCGAAGUUAUUGGCCCAUACAGUGCGCGAACGAAGUGCUCAUACAAGCAAGCGUCAACAUAUUUUAAUCAAUUUCAAGUGUAGAAAACUUACUACCACUUCAAAAAAGAGAAAAUAACGCUUUUACCAAUCAAUAACAACAACAACAACAGAAACGUCAAAAAUGUACGUGAGCCGGUUGCCGAAGUUGUCCCUUCUCGUGUUGGCAUUUGCAGCCAGCCUAGACUAUGCUCACCUAAGCCCCAUUGACGAAGCCGAUCGCCGAUCGGAACUGAGCGAUCUAAAUAAAUUGCCUGCAAAACGUGAUCUGGGUUGGGAGCCAAAGCUCGAAACAGCCAGUUUCAAGCACUACGAUGAAGACUCAAUUCGUAUAGUAACCGAUCUGAGUGAGGAUCAAAGGCUCAAGUACGAUGUGGAGGUGUUGGAGGUGCGCGAUGUUAAUAAGGAAACUGCAGAGCUAGAGGAGCGCUUUAGGGGGCCAGCCAUCAAAAUGGACACGGAUAAUUUUGUUGCGGAAAAUAUAGAAGUGAAUGCGGAGGAUGCUGGUACCAAACAGAAAGUUCAAGUCGCAAAUGCCAAUGGCAAUGAUAGCGCUGCUAUUGUUGAUAAAGAUCUUAACGGUGACGAUGAUGAUGAUGAUGACGAUAAUGAAAGCGACGCUAGGCACAGUCAUAUGAUACUCACGAUGGUGUUGGUGUUCGUGGCGUUGUUUUCGAUAUCGCUAUAUGUGGCGCUUGUCGUCUGGCGCUCAUACCUUGAACGACGCUAUGAGAUGCGCGAGUUGCUUGUCAACGACGAAGAUGACUUCUAUCUGCCGAGCAGUGCGACUGCUGACCGCCGUUGGUGAUUUGGAGAAACUCAAUCGUUUACAGACUCGUAGACUUAAUUUUAAUUUGAACAAACUGUACAAAGAAACUGUCAUCGCCGGGCAUUUCGCGCAGCAGUGCGAGAUCUUCACUUAGUUCGUAGCUAAUUGCCAUUAAUUUCAUUUAAUUUUAUUCAACACAAGUUUUCGCCGUCACUCUACUCCAUGAUACAUAUACAUACACACAUAUAUGCAUACAUACAUAUGUGUAACUGUAUAUAUGAAUGUUAAUGCGGUGUGCGCGGUUGCAACAAGUCACACAACCGAACCAGAUUGCCUUCCUGGGUGGGACCGUGUGAGUGUCGUGACCAAAACAAACUAGAACCAUUGCAAAAGAGGAAAGUGCGGAGGAGGAGAAGUGAAUGGAAGGAAGUCGUAGCUGCUAAAUCUGACAAUUUUUAUUUACUGCCAAAUUUAUGCGCGGCUUUCCAACAACUAGUCUAGUUAUUUACCGUUGUAAAAAUUAUGGUUAUUAUAAGUUUCGAUGAAUAUUGGUGCAAUGUCAAGUUUGGCAUUUUACUUUCGUUUCAUUGCAGGCGGCAAUUGCGGCAAUUACAUGUACUAGUAUUAGCUUAUAUGUAUAAGAAAUUUGUGGAAUUUAAGUUUUUUACGAAAUAAGUUCAAUCGCAGUGCUAAAUAUUUAGUCUCAUCAUACAUAAACCCAUAGUAUUUAUGAGUGUAUGAGUAUUAUAUAUCAUAUAUAUGUAUGUAUAUAUGUAUACAUAAAUACUUUACAUGAGAAUUUUAUAAAAGUUAGUUUAGUUGUAGCACUUGGUUGGAAGUAAUUGUUAAGCUGUGAUAUUGAUUUAGAACUAAUAAGAUUUCUCAUUUUUCCAUGUCACAAAUUGUUUUCAAAUCCAUAAAUGAUAGUUAUAAUGAAUUCUAAUGAGAUUUCAUAGGAAUCACUAAACUACUUUUUACAGCAAUAAACUGCAUUGUGGGCAAUUAUAUACGAGUACAUUCCAAACGUGCCUUAACGUACAUAUGUACAUAAGUAAGAAUAUUCGUCUGUAAAUAGUUGCUUCGGGAUUCUCAUAGAAAUAAUUAAUACUUUCAUUUAUAGCAAGUUUAAGCGCAUAUGUAACAAUUUAUAUCAAUAUAUGUAUUUUUACAAAUAAAAAUUUAAAUAUAAUAUAUUAUUUUAUC